GAAGUGUCAAACCGCGAAGAAUCUGGCAUAGUUGCUUGACGACCAUGGUUGUUCGGCCAUUUUGCCGAUCUUGUCUAGAUCUUAAGACUAUUGCAUUCCUUCAUCUUCUUUAAAUGUUGUGUAAAUGUAAACAAAGUAAAAGAUUUUAUUACUAAAACAAUUUUGUACUAUUAAGCCUUGGUGAUUUCAAAACUUUUCAGCUUUUUGAUUUGUUCUACCUUUCGUGUGAUGCCACUACCUAGUCGAGCUCGAGUUUAUGCCGAUGUGAAUUCUCAUAGGCCAAGGGAAUACUGGGACUAUGAAUCUCAUGUCGUUGAGUGGGGGAACCAAGAUGACUAUCAGUUAGUAAGAAAACUUGGAAGAGGAAAAUACAGUGAAGUGUUUGAAGCCAUUAACAUUGCAAAUAAUGAAAAAUGUGUUGUCAAAAUAUUAAAGCCUGUCAAGAAGAAAAAGAUAAAAAGAGAAAUCAAAAUAUUGGAAAAUCUGAGGGGAGGUCCUAAUAUUAUAGCUCUGCAAGCUGUUGUCAAAGAUUUUGUUUCUAGAACACCUGCAUUAAUCUUUGAGCAUGUGAAUAACACAGAUUUCAAGCAAUUGUAUCAAACACUUACUGACUAUGACAUUAGGUUUUAUUUAUAUGAGCUGCUAAAGGCUUUAGAUUACAGCCACAGUAUGGGCAUCAUGCACCGAGAUGUGAAACCACACAAUGUUAUGAUUGAUCAUGAAAAUAGGAAACUGCGACUUAUUGAUUGGGGCUUGGCUGAGUUUUAUCAUCCUGGUCAGGAAUACAAUGUGAGAGUUGCAUCGCGUUAUUUCAAAGGACCUGAACUUUUAGUUGAUUAUCAGAUGUAUGACUACUCCCUAGAUAUGUGGAGUCUAGGAUGCAUGCUAGCCAGUAUGAUUUUCAGAAAAGAGCCAUUCUUCCAUGGACAUGACAACUAUGAUCAAUUAGUCCGGAUUGUCAAAGUACUGGGAACAGAAGAACUGUAUGAGUACCUUGAUAAAUAUCAAAUAGUUCUUGACAGCAGAUUUAAUGAUAUCCUAGGAAGGCAUUCCCGCAAACGGUGGGAGCGUUUUGUCCACAGCGAUAAUCAACAUUUGGUGACUCCUGAAGCUUUGGACUUUUUGGAUAAGCUCUUGCGAUAUGACCAUCAGGAGAGGCUCACUGCACGCGAGGCUAUGGAACAUCCUUACUUCUAUAACAUUGUUAAAGAUCAACAGACUAGAUUUGUGGAGGCCCAACGCUUGACAGGUCACAGUAAUUCCCCUCCACCAGUUGUAACUUCUGUUGCCAAUGCUGCGCUGAAUUCCAGCACCAUCACUGGUAUGCCAACAUCACCCAUCUCCUCUCCAAGCAUCACAGCACUGCCUAACACGGCACCUGCCCAGUCUUAGAUGAUUUUUCCUUUGUUUUGUUUCAGACUCAGCAACACAUUCAUCGUUUAUUUAAAAAUUUUCUCAUAUAAGGAAUAAAGAAAAGAAACCCCCCCUCCAACCAUGGUCGGCAAUUGUGCUCUCCGUUGUGACAGAACACGGGUAAUUGACGGACCAGCAGCCUUCUGGACUUUACAUUAAAGAUGUCUUUCGUGGACUUUCUUAAAUGUUUAUUUAAAAAGAGUCAUUUGUUCACCUUUACUGCAGCUCUCCUUCUGACCAAUAGAUAUGUCUGUAAGAAAAUUACAGUUCACUUAUUAGUUCUGGAAAAAAAGCAUCUAAUGUAUCUUUGUUUGCUUUUCGACAUCUUUCUUCCUUCUGUUAGUAAUUAUUCAUAGUGAGGUAAGAACUAAUAGUAAACUACCCAGCUGGAAAUCAUAUCUCUCUACAGCCACUAGAAAAAAAAAAUAAAACAAUUGUGUAUUUUUAACUCGAUCAAUACUUUCCAUUUGUAAUAAAUUUUUUGGAGAAAAGGAA